ACGCGUCCGACCCGACACGGGCCGGGGGACUACAACGCCAUGGGUCGCCGGCGCUCGUGCCUGCCGAGAGUCCACAAUGGGGGAGGGGGAUAAAUAUCGGCUUCUCCUCCUUGCCGAAGCGCAUGAGAAGGGCCUCGGGGUUAAGGAUCGCGGUAGUGCUCUGCUUCCCUUGCCAUUGCCUCGUGACGCUAGUCCAUUUGUCCGUAGCUGGAGCAAAACCUCGGGUCACGGCCUAGCACAGCACCAUGGCGGCGAAACUGCUCUUGUCCUUCGCUAUAUCGUUAGCCUUGGCCGGAACGGGCCAGAGCGCGGCGCCACCGGCCGACGAACCCGCUCUCGCCGCGGCAUCACGCCCUCCCAGCCGGUAUAUCGUCCUGUUCGAAGAAGGAGCCGUUUCCAACUUCCGGAAAAGAGACGGCACAAUCGAUGCGGAAGGCUUUGCGACGGUUCUUUCUGAGCAUGUCGACGAGACGGCCAAGCCAGCGCUUACAUUCGACUCCCGCCUAUUCCAUGGUGUUUCGAUCGAUGUGCAUGAGGCCAACUCGACCUCGGUAGAGAAGAUCGAAGCCAUCCCGGGCGUUGCCAAGGUUUGGCCCGCGGGGCUGUUCACGAUCCCAUCUGCUCCCGAAGCCGUGGUGAGCGGGCCCGAGCAAGCCACUUGGUCGCCACACAACGCGACGAGGGUGAACCAAGUUCACCAGAAGGGGUACAAAGGCGACGGCGUCGUCGUGGCCAUCGUCGACAGCGGUGUCGACUACACCCACCCCGCCCUCGGCGGAGGCUUUGGCCCCGGCUUCAAGUUUGAAGGCGGUUACGACUUGGUCGGCGACGACUACUCCGCAGGAGGGGAGACCAACCCGGACUCGGACCCGAUGGACUGCCACGGCCACGGCACCCACGUCUCCGGUAUCGUAGGAAGCAGUAAUGAGUGGAACCCUGGCGUGGCGCCGAACGCACGCCUCCGCAUGUACAAGGUCUUCGGCUGCGGUGAUGGUACCACCGAGGACAUUGUCAUCGCCGGCUUCCUGAGGGCCUUCGACGACGGUGCCGAUGUGAUAACUGCUUCCCUGGGCUCGGUGCUCGGCUUUCCUUACAUCGCGUCGUCCGUUGUGGUGUCGAGAAUACAAGCCGCCGGCGUGGUUGUCACUGCCGCGGCCGGGAAUAGUGGCAGUUCAGGGCCAUAUUACACCAGCAACUUGGGAAAUGGAUUCGGCACCACCACGGUCGGAAGUGUCGAGCAGAACGACCGUGUCGGAUGGACGGUGAAGGCGCGCUCGGCUAACGGCACCACGCGUGAUAUUCUGUACCUUGAAGCUGAGGGGCGACCAUUCAAUCUCACCGGCGACCACAACGCGACCUUCUACCCCGAUCCUCGAACUCGUGACGUCUGUAACAUUAGGGAACGCCAGCCGAGAGUCCCCAAGACCAAUGUUUUGGUCCAAAGAAUGGGUGACUGCAGCUGGGCAGAAAUGGAUUUGACGCUUUGGGAUAGAGUUGACUGGGUGUUCUUCUAUGCCAAGGAGGGCCAAGGGCUGCCGGCCCCGAGUCGCUUUAUCCAACAAGCGGACGCUCAGGCCAAAGGGUUGGCCACAAUCUCGUACGAGGAUGGCGCGUGGCUUCUCGACCACUACGACCGUAAUAUCACCGUUACCUUCGAAUUUGAGGAGUCGCCUAGGCCGGUCUCUGUUCGUUGGUCUGACGCCUUUGGGGUGAGGGCAAGCGCCUUCACCUCCUGGGGUCCGACUCUGGAUGGUAGGAUGAAGCCAGAAAUCGCUGGCCCAGGAGCAAACAUUUUGUCCACAUAUCCAGUAAGCGCCGGGAGGUGGGCUGUGUUCUCGGGAACCAGCAUGGCGACUCCAUACAUCGCUGGCGUCGCUGCCCUCAUCCUCGGUUCCAGAGGAGGCCGUGCGGGAUGGGGCCCUGAUGCAGCACGGUUGACACAUGAGAGGCUCAUCGCCAGCGGCCAGCCUGUCUCCAUGAACAAUGAGAACACAACUUGGACCCCCGUCGCUAGGAUCGGUGCCGGUGUUGUUGAUGCCGUCAGGGCGGUCGAGUACGACACAUUUGUGUCGCCGGCCAACAUCAACCUCAACGAUACCCAGAACUUCCGUGGCGUUCACACAAUCCAGCUGACAAACAUAGGAUUGGAAGCUGUCACAUAUAACCUCAGCCAUCAGCCUCUGAAUGGGUUCCAGGCGAUCUCUGUGACGGACAGGGCCGUGGCCCCAAACCCGGACAUCGCUGGGUACUUUGCCUCGGUGAAGUUGUCAGCCGAAUCCGUCACAGCGGGACCAGGAGAGACAGUGGAGAUAACAGCUACGUUCACAGAGCCAGACAGUGGCGUUUUCGACCUCAUGCCAGUGUACGGUGGCAACAUCCACUUUGUUGGCUCCAACGGAGAAGACGUCCGAGUAACCUACAUGGGAAUCAAGGGUUCUCUUUACGCACAGGGAUCAUGGGCCCUGCUGCCGUCAUUCUUGAGGAAUAAGGUAGGGGGGAGCCUCGAACCCCUCGCUGAUGGGGAGGAGUACGUCGUUGGCCCGUUGGAAGCUCAGCCUGUAGGGCGUUACGUCAACGCCUGGGCAAGUGAGGAGCAGAGCUUCGACUACGUGGCCACCGACUGGACGCCCGAGGACUGGACCUACCCCCCGGUCCCGGGCCAGAACAAGUGGUUUGGGUCCAUAACCAGCCGCGAGAGGGUUUAUCCCGCCCUGUACCAGCCGCGGAUUCCCGGCGGCGUAUUUCAAGCCUUCGGCUCGCAAAACUUCAGCCAGGGCCACCCUGUGGCGCCUGGGGACUAUCGGAUCCUGGCACGGUCGCUUAGGACACUCGGCAACCGCGGCAAUAUCAGUGACUGGCAAUUGACUUUGUCUCCGUGGUUCCGCCUCAAGCCGAUGGACCCGCCCAGCACCACCAUCACCACCACGACAACCGCUACCUCUACCUCCUCUACUACCUCUACCCCCCCCACGCCUCUGCCGCCUAUUGCGGUAUGCGGGGAGUCAGUUCCGGUUAACAUAACUGCUCGCCUCAGUACGGAGGAGACUCGCUAUGGCCUCUUGAGGCUGUCCGACAUGCUCGGCUACGACCGCCGGGGCGACGGGACGCAUUUCGAGUGGGCUCUGACUAACGAGGGCUACCUCAAGACCCGCGACACGGCCUCGGGCAACCCGCAGGAUCUCUGGGCGUCGGUCCACACCAACAACAACAGCCUAAUCUACAUGUAUCCGAGGAGCCGCAUCACGGGAAGUUGGUCGUAUGUCAACUGCCAGCGCGUAGACACCGAGCUGCAUUGCACGUCGAACGAAAAGACCAGCUUCUACGACUGCUUGGACCCCGAAGACGGUAAUUACUACGUCUACCUCCGCCACGGGCCCGUAGUACCCAGCGGCUGCCGGCAGGUGGUAUUUAACUUUGAGGCAUUGCCGCAGGCCUGCACCACGCCGACCGCCAGCUCACCCGCGACGCUUAGCGCAACGCCAACCUUGAGUGUGAUGUCUUGAGAGCAGAGGCCGCGGGGGGAAAUCGUUUAUAUAUAAAUACAUAUAAAAAAGGGUGGUCCGUGAAGGGGUAGCUCGUGGAGGGGUACGUUAGCUUACAUCUGUUUCUUUGCGAACAGCCCGAUCUAGAGCUUGGUCGACAGGCGCCUCUCUUUCAGCUGACUGACUCGAGGCCUAAACUCGUAGCGGGAAAGUUCCUUGUUGGAGAGCCUCGUUAGUGUUAAAGUACAAAUACCUAUAGUGGAAAUUGUCAAUUGUAGAUGAUCAGGACCUUUGCCGU